AUGGCGUCGUCAAUCAGAUCUUCUGCAUUUCAAUUGCUACACCGGGGUAGAUCCUCCCUGGCACGCACACCUCAGCGACGAUGGGCGCAGGUGCAUGAUGUGCGCUUCCUUGCCACGCAUCACGAUCCGAAUCACAUCCUGGACAGAUACAAGUCGAAGCUGGACAGGAAGGCUAAAGAAGAAGGUCAUGGCUCAGUAGAGUCUCUCAAGGAAGCCUACAAGGACAAGAUUCAAGGCCUCCGCCGCAACGCAGCUACGCCUCUCACCCCAGAGCCAACUACACCUCCUUCCUCCCCGAAGUCUUCCUCUGCCGCCCAUCCACCACCCCCUCCCACACCACCGCCAUCUCCCAAGACCGCCGCCGCCGCAGCGUCCGUCUCAGGCUCCUCCACAGGCAUCAAGCCGCUCAGCUCCUACCUCGACGUCGAGAAAGUCCUCGCCCUCCCCCAGAAGGAGAUAGAAGCCCUCUGGCGCCUCCGCCACGCCAACAACCCCAACUCGAUCUGCGCCUGCAUCCCACUAGAAACCUACCAGCGCAUCGCCUCCGCCGCCCGCCACAACCCGCAAUUCAUCCUCCCCCUCCCCCGCUCCUCAACCGAGCAAGCACCCGCCGAGGACGGCUCCACCGUGGACCCCAACGCCGUCGGCGCAGACAUCCACUUCUUGCAGUGGGCGUUCCACCCGCCUGCCUCCCCCGCCUCCGGCGCUUCAGCGAACAACCACACUUCCACGGUGAUCUUCACCCAGCUGGCCGCAUACAAGCUGCACGGUGCGUUUGCGCAGCCGCAUACGACGAUCACGCACCACCUCGAUCUGGCGGAUGAGAAGGGGUUGGUUCUGAUGUAUGGGCACGUCAUGCCGGAUUCGGGGAUCUCGACGACCGAGGCGAGCUGGUUGGUGAGCUGUUUGCAGCGGUUUUAUGAUUUCGAGGGCCAGGCGAGUGGGCGGAAGGGGGAGCUGGUGCGCAUGUUUACUCGCGGUGAUGUGCAGGGGUUCAAGAUGGAGGAGUUGAUGGAGGAGGCGGAGAGGCUGUAG